UGGCCAUUGUUUGGUACGGACUCAUUUCCAAAUGGUGUACAGUCUUUACAGUUUCUAAGGACAAGAAUUAAAAUAUUCUUUUAUAUAAAUAUAUAUAUACACACACACACACCAAUUGCCAGUCCAUCACCUGUUUUUGUGCAGGCUGGGACCUAAGAAUGGCUUUUACAUUUUUAAACAAUUGAAAAAGAUCUGUUACCCAUGUGACAACAUGUGAAAAUCGUGAAAUUCACAUUUCAGUGUCGACAAAUGAAGUUUUAGUUGAACACAGCCACACUCAUUCAUUGUCUAUGGAUGCUUCCUUGCUACAACUGCAAAGUUGUGUAGAGACUGUGUGGCUCACAAAGCCUAAAAAGUUAUCCUCUAGAGGAAACUUUGAGCUGCUGGGCAGAUACCAUGAGCCAAGCUCACCCUCCCUAUUUAAAAAAAUUUAUAGAAAAGAAGUUGUCAUUGAAAUUAAACUGUGGCAGACAUGUCCGAGGAAUACUGUGGAGAUCUGAUCCCUUUAUGAGUCCUGUGGUAGAUGAAUGUGUGGAGAUGGUAACUAGCGGGCAACAGAAAGAUACCAGAAUGGUGGUAAUACGAAUAGUAUCAUCAUGUUAG